CCGGCGCUCGGCGAGCGCCCCGGCGGCGCGCCAUGGGCACGGUGCCGUCUGCUCUGAAGCACUGCCUCAGCUACCAGCACCUCCUCAAGGAGCAGCUGUGGAUCGGGGAGCCGGCCGCACCGCCCCCGGCGGCUCCGCAUCCCGGGCAGUAUGGAUUUGUGUUUCAGGAAUCUCAAACAUCUGGACUGCCUGAGUACAUAAAGAUUGUAGAAGUUGGGCCAAGAGAUGGAUUACAAAAUGAAAAGGUGAUAGUCCCAACUGAUAUCAAAAUUGAGUUAAUCAACCGGCUUUCCAGAACAGGGCUGCCUGCAAUAGAAGCAACCAGUUUUGUUUCAUCCAAAUGGGUCCCUCAGAUGGCAGAUCAUAAAGAAGUAAUGAGGGGCAUUGAGCGGCAUCCUGGAGUCCAAUAUCCUGUUCUCACACCUAAUCUUCAAGGUUUUCAUUCUGCUAUUGCAGCAGGGGCUACAGAAGUCUCAGUAUUUGGUGCGGCAUCUGAAUCCUUUAGCAAAAUGAAUAUUAAUUGUUCAAUUGAAGAAAGUAUGGAAAAAUUUGAAGAAAUUGCUAAAUCUGCAAGGAAUAUGAAUAUUCCAGUGCGUGGGUAUGUGUCAUGUGCAUUGGGAUGCCCAUAUGAAGGAAACAUAACACCAGCUAAAGUGGCAGAAGUAUCUAAGCGGCUGUACGGUAUGGGCUGUUAUGAAAUCUCCUUGGGGGACACAAUUGGUGUGGGGACUCCUGGAAGUAUGAAAAGAAUGUUGGAAGCUGUUAUGAAAGAAAUUCCUCUGAGUGCCCUUGCUGUUCACUGUCAUGACACAUAUGGCCAGGCACUAGCCAAUAUCCUCACAGCCAUACAGAUGGGAGUUACUGUAGUGGAUUCAUCGGUUGCAGGACUGGGUGGUUGUCCCUAUGCAAAAGGUGCUACUGGAAAUGUAGCCACAGAGGAUGUGAUCUACAUGCUAAAUGGCCUGGGGAUCAAUACAGGAGUAAAUCUUUAUACAGUGAUGGAAGCGGGAGACUUCAUCUGUACAGCUUUGAACAAGAAAACAAACUCAAAGGUUGCACAAGCUUCCUUCAAUACUGGAGCUAUCAAUUAAAUGGAGGGGGUUUUUUUGCAGGUAAAUUACAUUCCACAUCUACCAAGGAAAAUUACAUCAAGAAAUCAAAUAUAAGGAAACCAUUUCAGCAAAGAACCAAAAUAGGACCCAUACAGCUUUUUAUUAUCAGAAGAAUUAUUGUACUGUACUGUCUUGUCAAGAAUUGUCUGAUUUGUAAGUAAGAAAUAAAUUAUUGUAGUACAGAACCCUGAGCUUGUUACUUCUACAGAUGAGAAAAAUGUAUAAACACCAAGAUAUUUUACCAUGGUUUAAACUGAAUUUUAGUUCUUUUCAGGAAAACUGGAUAGAAGCAGCAAAUACAUAGUUAAUUUUUAAACAAGUUUACUUUUAGAACAGUGCAAAUAUUUGCAGUAGUUUAUGAGAUCCCACACCAUGUGUGGCCAUUCUAUUAUGUGUUUUAUUUACCUGAAUCCUUUUUAUUUGUCAAGUCAGUUGCGUUAUGAACAUGGAGCCAAAUCUGAAUUCACCAUAAGAAUUUUUUAGUAAUAGCACUUUUUAAUUUUUGUUUUGUUUAACAUCUGUUAAGUAUAUGGAUGACUUUAUCGUGUUCCAAGACUUUGUGGUGAAUGGCAGUCUGCCAGAUCCCCCAAAUCUAAUGCAAAGUUCCUUAUUUGUUACAUAUGUUAAAUUUGUUGUAGCUGCUUUUUAAAAAAUUAUUAUUAUUUAUUUUUAUUUUCAACUAUAUUAAAACCUAAUUAUAUGAAGCAAUUUAAAAUUGGCACGGUAGUAGUAGUGUGGAAGGGGCCACAUUUUUGUCCAAGAUCUCAUUGAACGAUUUUUUUGUUCCAUAGUCUAUGAAUUGACAUUCUCCUUUACAAGACACAAAUAUUUGAGGAUAACAAAAUUCUGCUGAACUAGCUAACUUGAAGGAACCACUUACAAUUUUUCUUUGUACUCUACUGAUACCACUGUACUUUACAAUGUUUCAGUUCAGCAAGAUGCCAGUGAACUGCAUUGUCAUUUUCAGAUCAAUAAUGGACAGAUUCCUUUUUAUAAACUGUUCAAACAUGCCCUGAAUAUAUUGUCAUUUUUCCAGUCUCAAACAUCAGUACUGCUACUGGCUAUUUAUGUGGAUCUUCUGUAAUUUGCUGUGCACUUCAUUGUUUUUCUUCUAAAAAUAGCCUGUUAGCAUGAAAAAUCCAAAACCCUGUACUGUGAUCUUUUUCCAUAUUCUCCAUUUUCCUCCAAAAUAUGAAUGAUUGGGAAAAGGUAAGAUGAAAGAACAUAAAAGAUAAUGUGUAAAGAAGGAGAAGGCAGAAUCAUUUUUGUCUGCAGCCCAACUCUGCCAAGUUACAGCUGAGUCUCAGCUUGUCUUUGAAAUUCCAAAGUAAACUUUUCUUAGAUCACAGAAAUAACAGAAACGUCAUGGUUGGAUAGGACCUCUGAGAUCACCCAGUCCAACCAUUAGAAUUGGCACAUCUUUAGAAAGUAAAACUUUGCACGCAAGGUAGCUCAAAGGUAAAAAUUUGAUAUAAAGCUUCUAUCCUGUUUAUGGUGUAAUGAUAGUCAAAACUACUGUAAACUACAUUGUUUUGCUCUUCUUGUGGUAAUAGUCAAAGAAUAAGCAAAUAAAUGUGUUCAGGUGAGGCAGGAAAUAUCUUGCUUAUCAAUGCAAAAUAAUAAUUAAAUUCCUUCUUGUGGGAUCUAGUGAGAAGACUUUCAGUUACUCUUAAAGACAUGAACGCUCUGAUUUGCCUGAUGUGUUCUGGAUAGACAGUUGGAUCACCACAGAAAAUGCUCCACCUUAUUGUGCUGUGUUUCAGCUGGGGCUUUUUGUUAUUUAGCAGCCACUAUGGCUCAUAUAUCAAAGUUUAAUAAAACUCGUCUUGAACGAUUCACAGAUUAAAAAUUCUGUAAUGGAUUAGAUCCAAUGAAGAACUGAGGAAUCUGCAGCAGUACUUAGGCUGUACUUAGUCUAAUAAUUAGUAGUUAAUCCUAAACGAGGUGCCAGAGUUGACAUCCUAAAGGCUCCCUAAUUCAGGUACCAUUUAUCCCUCAAGGUGAUUAACCAUGCUGUAAUACUUUGUUUAACAAUAAAGUUUCCUCUUUAGUUUGCUUCUGUGCAGACACCGAAGUAGCUAAUCUUGAGCUGCAGGGUGCAGUUCUCAUGUAGGGCCUGAUGAGUGUUCUUCCAUCCAAGAUCCUGUGAGCAUGUUUAACGAGCAUGAACAAGAUUGAGCUUCUCACAGGAUGAAGGUGAAGUCAGCACUUGAAAAUAAAGUAGUUGUGAUGCAAAAUACCUUUUAAAUACUAGCCUAAAUGUCGGGCUAAACAACUGAUCUGAGAUUAGCUUGCUAGUCAUCCUGAAGAGAUUUAAAUGCACAUUUUUUGGCAUCCUAAUCAAUGGAUCUAACUACCAGGCUAUAUAUAGAACUGAAAAAGAACACAAUUUCUGGUAAAUCUAGAUGAAGUUGUGCCACUGGGUAGGCUAGAUUUAAAAAUUCCUGAGGCCUGAAACAUCACAAGAAAAAACAAUGUCUCUGCAACAGAUGAGGGCUUUUUUUUCCUUGAAGGUGGUGGUGAGGGCUUCAACCAUAGGCCAAGUUGGGAAAUGAACUGGUACUGUCCAUUAUUUUUACAAGUAUACUAACUACAACUUCUUAGGUAAAAGUGAGUGGUUUCACUACUGCCACAACUUUUGUGUUUAAUAAAAUACCUGUGUAGAACAUAGAUUAUAAAGAGGUAGCUCUGCUCAGUUCUUUAAGAGUUCUAGACAUCUAUGUUCCUACCUACCAUGAAGGAUUGCUAACUUUGGCAUUAGGAGACCCUUACACUCUUGAGGAGUUUUCAGAUUCACAGACUCACUGAGUCUUAUCGGCUACCAAUUAGAUGUACCAAGUUACUUACUUCUAUGCUUUGAAGACUGUCUUUUGUAAUUCACUGUAUCAAAGUCACUGCAGAGAUCUCACAGAACAACAUGGGGAUCAUAUUACUUGUGCCAGGGCUACGGAGUAUGUAAACUGAACUUCCCAGGGCAGUCUUUGGUCUGUGCUCUGUUUGAACCUGUGAAGGUUCUACAGCUGACCAGUGUCACAUUGGUGGAAUUUUCUUUAAUACUUUCAUGGUAGGUUGUUUGUGUUGUGUGUUGUUUUGGGGGGUUUUUUGUUUGUUUGUUUGUUUGUUUUCCCCAUGAUGUUGGUAAUAGAAAGUCAAGUAAUGGCUUCUUUGGCUGAUCAAGAUAUUAUGUUGUUCUAAAGACAUGACUGGUGUGCUUUUUUGGAGGAGAGAUUGAUCAGUUCCAUUAGUAAUGGGCAUAAUUGUUCUUCAUUGCCUUUCACAAAAAAGCAGUGAUGUGGAUCCCAUACAUGGAUAGUGCUAAUGUCUUCAAGCAGCAGCUUGCUUUGUAGUUUAAACUUUUAUGUAUUAGGGCAACUUGGCCCUGGACCAGCACUUCAGUGUUUCAUUUUCAUGUAUAACCAGAGUUUAUGGAAAUAAGAAGUGAAUAUUCUGAUCUUGUGAAUAAAUCCAGAGAGGCUUUGGCUAAUUUUUUUUUUUCUUAAUAGCAUCAUUUGAGUUCAUUAAACUUUUAUUAUUUUAAUAAGAAGUUACAAAGUGAAGACUGCAAGUCUGUGAGGUAAAAUUCAUGUUUUGUAUCAGUGUUGUUGAAAUUAAAUUUGUCAAAAGGGUUGGUGUGAAUGGAUAAGAUCUGCCUAUUUUUUCAUGGACUUACUUUUAAGGGGUAGAAAUAUUGUUUAGUUACUGUGAUACUUGAAAAUUGUUAUUUUCUGCCACUGAAUUUUUCAAUGAUUUGUCAGACUGCCUUAAGUACUCUUGAUUGUGAAAUGCCUAGAGAACUGACUAAACAGAAGAAUCAGUCUGGAGAAGUGAAUUAAAGACACUUGCUUUCCAGGUCUUGACUUGCUGAUCAAUGCUUUAUUUUGUUAUGUUAUACUUUUGAAGAUUAUUUUUCUCUACAGUCCUGCUCUAACACAAUGUUGAUCUUUAUUGCUGCAAUAACACAGCAGGCAGAAGGACUACAGCCACAGUCAACUUAGUGCUCUGAAACCGAUGUCAAAGAGAUGAUAAGUUUUUUAAGGAAUUGUCAUGUACCCUCUUGGUUAAAUGUAUUUGUGAUUUUGCAAUAUGUGGUGUUAAAGCUGAAAUAAAUUCUGUCUCAGUGUUUAUUGAAA